AUGUCCGGAGUGGAAGACAUUCGAUGGUCCGCCAUAACCUAUGGGUUAAAAGAUCUUGCCGACAAGUACACUUUCCCUAAAAUUGUCAAAGUUACGAGGGGGUUUUACGCAAGAAGUGAGAAUGAGUCAUUGGCCAAUGAACAGGUACUUCGAAUACAUCGUGUUCAGAGUCAGCCGAGAGUGGUGGCAGUUGACCGUAGAGGGCGUCAUCUGAGCAUUCCCGUCAAAUUUCGAUUUAGCAAAUUCGAUGUGUUCACUAAUGGAAAACCAGAGGGCGAUGCCAAGUACAUGUGGGACAUAGUAGAACAUCAUCUACUGCCAGUCGAUGUGCAAUUUUCUUCACAGAACGAUUUGGUAUUCAGCGUCCAGUAUAUCGAUAAUAGUGUGAAAUUGGAUGAGAAUUUCGGCAAACUGACUCUCAAAACUCUCUACGAUGAGAGCUAUUUACAAGGAAACGCAAUAAAUAAUAAUAUCCUCGAUAGAACUGUUAUCAAUGUACCGAUGUACUGCAAGCUGUCCGUGUCAGUGGCAUGCGGAUUUGUUUCUGGUAGCCCUGACAUGUGGCAAUCGUACCAGUCGAUGCUUUCAACUACCGUAAGCAACAAAGUGGAUUUCAAACAUGCGCCCGGAAGUCUCGAUAUUUCGCUGUUUUCGGAGCGUAGUUUAGACAGUGUAGAACUACACCAUUAUGAAGAAAUCCAACCAUCUGGGACACUGACAAUACAAUCUAGAUCAAGAGGGCACAUGCACCUCACAGAAAGCACGUCGGAACCAAACAUUGUUCGCUUGCCCCCGACGUUGCCACAGCGUCACCCGAGCAUGCGCGGUUUUAAACCUGAUUUCGUGCCAACCACGUCACAUCUCUCACCGUCUAAAGUGGAAGAAAUGCCGAUCGGAAGCAAAUACAAUAUUUAUCACAUGCCGCGCAAACAGGACAUUCAGCAGCCACGACCAGCGACUUUCUCCGCAGCAUCAGCUCGUGGCAUUGACCCGAACAACUUUUCUUAUAACGUUCCGGAUAAAAGUUUAGCGCGAAAAAAUAAGUCCGCCACAGAAGGUGGGUAUGUUCAACUUAGUGUAAGAGGACAGGUGGACCGUGCAUCGUUGUUAUCAAAUGAAGAUAACGAUGAUGGCUACGAAAAACCCGUAGAUAUUUGCGGCUUACACGCUGGACCGUAUCGCGAACCACCAAUUGAUAUCCCUCCGCCGGACUACGAUAUGGAUACAAUUGAUCGACAAAUGAUUAGACGCAACUCGCAUCUCGGGGUUAUUGUUGGGCGGCAACUGAACGUUAAUGUCGAACGUAUCAAGAGCACGCCUGAUUAUACGAAAACGCGAGAAACUGUUGAUUCUGGGAUAUCAAGGCAAAAUUCCGCGAAAAGCGCUCAGAGUGUCCAACAACACCAAGAUAUAUCGCACUGUGGCCUGAUGUCUGAGCUAACAGCGGUGCAGAAUAAACGUCGAAGUCGUGUUGGAUCGACUUCAUCAGAAAUAUCGAUCCAGCCGAAAAGGCAUGAUGCGAUGCCAGUGCCGCGAAAGUACAAGUCGUUGUCUGAAAUACCACCAAUGCUGGCAGGGCUCACCGUCGAUGACGUCACAGACUGUAUGAUUUUACUUCGCCUCGAAUCCUAUAUAGAUAAAUUCAGAAACCAUUUCGUCGAUGGAGAGAUGCUUCUAACACUAGACAAGCAAACUCUAAUGAAUGAUUUGGAAAUGACAGAAAUUGACGCCACAAGACUGAAAAUGUUCACACAAGGAUGGCGUCCGAAGUGA